CUUCGGCGCUCCUCCGCUGCUCAGGUGUAGGUACUCUGGGAGUCUUGACCCGAGUCAGGCCAGCGCGCGCCUCGCCGUCCGAGUUGCUGUGCCUUUCGUGUAGUCUUUUCACUAAAGUCGACAACUUUUUGUUCGCAUCAUUGACCGUUUUCUCAACGACAGUGCUCCUCCUCCUCAACUCUUGCUUUCGGCUAUCACGGAGUCAAACUGUGGAGACUUCCCAGGCCUCUUUGUUCAACGCUGAACAAGGCUGCGGAUCGGGUGACGCGUGCAUGCAAAGUCAGAAUAUUGCGCAUCUCCUUCGCUUCAGUUCCUGACGAAUCAAACCAACACACAGCAACCAUGGCGCGCCCGCCGCCCUCUCCCUCCUCUUCUUCCUCUCCCUCCUCUUCUUCCUCUCCCUCCUCUUCUUCCUCUUCGUCCUCUUCUUCCUCUUCGUCCUCUUCUUCCUCUUCGUCCUCUCCCUCCUCUUCGUCCUCUCCCUCCUCUUCGUCCUCUCCCUCCUCUUCGUCCUCUCCCUCGUCUUCAUCCUCUUCUUCCUCCUCGUCUUCUCAUACUUCCUCUUCGUCCUCUUCUUCCUCGUCUUGUCCUGCUUCCUCUGCUUGUUACUCGUCAGCCCCUGAUGCAAAGCGGUUGCCGCGUUCACAGAAGAAGUGGGCAAAGCGAGCAGAAUACCGCGAGAAAAAGAGACAGAAGAGACCGCAAGAGAGAAGACGAAGAAGAAAAGGAAGAAAGGAACAACUCCUCCAGGAAACGCAGGACCUCACAGAAGGUAUUGUCAAGGGGAGCUCUGUCGCCCCCAUCUACAUUCAAAAAUACACAAAAAUCCAUCUUCAUGUAUGUUUCAGUAUCCUGCAUGUCCCGUAG